UCCAUUGAGGAAUUUUAUAGGGUUAAUAGGAAAGGAGCGUUCAGGAGGCUGAGGACCUUUUCUUUCAGAAAUAAAUUAAAUUUUUUUAAAAAAGCAGGGUCAGGUUCUGCUAAUGGUUUUCUGAAAAGCUUGAGUAGGAUUUGAGAUGGAAGAUUUUCUCACAGGUCUUAUAGCACUUGAUUAUGCUACACCCCACAUGUCUCUAACGUGAUUACAGGAGCAUUGCUUUGGGCAGAAAGCAUCCUUCUGUUCUGUUCGUCCCGUGCUUAGCACAAGGAGAAGCCAGCCUUGAUGCCACAGUAAUGCAGGAGAUUAUUCAUACUCACCCCACCUUUUAUUUGAAAGGAAAGUAGUCCUUGGCCAUAUGGUUGAGGGCAUGCAUGCAUGACCUUUGAAGAUCCCUUGAAAAAUAGAGAAGAAUUAAAAUAAUGCAGAAUAUUGAGGGGUUUUAUUCCUUCCAUUUUUUAUGUCAGUUCCCUGGGGUAAAGGUCACAUGAAUGGUUUUUGAACCAGUGAUGCUGCAUGUAUACCACUGUGAUCCAUGUAAUAAACCUCUCACCGCUCACACUUAACAUCGAGGAAGAUGAUGAAUCACUAACCCAAAGGCCAAAAAGUGCUCUGCAAACUGUAGGGAUGACCUGGUACCUGGAGAAGAGGAAAAGCAGCUAUUCAACCUCCCUGACCUUUCAGUCCUAUUCAUACCAGGGAAUUCGUACCAGUGACUGUCUCUGCUGAGCUCACAUUCCCCUACAUCACUCUGCUGCCUCCUCUUGCCUGCUCCAAACCUCCUCUGACCUUUUUCUCUGCUUACCCUCCAUCCUUGCCUGACAUUAAGAAGAGGAGCAGCCUUACCCACACAACUUUCCCCAGACAAAUGAACAGCAGGCUCAUCAUAGUUCCAGUCUGCAUCCAUGGAGUUUCAUUGUUUCUCCUGAGCCUGCAGAGAGGAUACUCUGCACAGCUGAGUUGGUCCAAGCCCUCCAGAAAAGCUGACGACAGCUGGCCGUGGCUCUGCCUCUCCUGCAAACCUCUUAAUCCCACAGGAGCAUCGCUCUCACCCUAGCACUGCCUCUGUUUCUUAGCAGCUUCUUGGAGACCUGGGUCUCAUCACAGGCAGCUGUAGCACUAAUAAAACCUUCUUUACUUUGGCAGGACCCAACGCCACUCCAGCAGCAAUAAAUCCAAACCAGAGGGCAAUUCGUCCUUUCUUAACCAAUGCAGGCACCUUCAGAAGGAUUAAACUGGUCUCAUGGAAACUGGACUUCCUCCAGCCUCAGAGACCUGUGAAUGUGCAAGAAGUUCCCCCACAUCACACCAAUGCACAGGGAUGAACACAGGGUGGGUGCCCCUGCACUGGAGCCAAACCUGCCUGUGAAGAGCUGAGCGAAUUACCAUCCUUAUUUCUUAGCUCAGCACUUUGUGGGUAGGCUUAAGGCUUUUCCAGAGGAUUUCCCUUCCCUUGCAGUUUCUGCUCACACGAACUUUUGUUCUACCCACCCUGUUUCCAGUACUCUGGGAAUUUCUCUGCUACCGUUCCCCAGCGCCACAGCUGAACUGCCUGCUGCAACAAGGCCAGCUGCGCCAGGCUGUGUCUCUGUGGGGUGACACAGCGUGUCCUUGUGUCCUCACCCUCCCUGUGCCAUGGCUGCAUCCUCCUGAAUGACCUGUAUGCUGUCCCUGCACGGCACCAGCUGCUCUCCAUCAUCAUGUCCCUGGGGAGAUGCUACUGCAGCACCCUAGAGCUGGGAUUCCGUGCAGCUUUCAGAGUGUCAGCAAUGGGAGGCAGCAAGCACAUCCCUGAUCCUGGGCACAGCCAAACCCUCCCGGGCUUGACCAGCCUUUGUGACAUCCCCAGCCGCCUCCCCUAAAGCAGCCACAUGCAGCAUCCUGCUGCCGGGGUGCUCCCACCCCAGCCUGCAUUGGGAUUUGCUCCAUGCCAGCAGGAUCUAUUACCUCACACACAGGAUUCACCCCCUCACGAUCACAGCCCAUUUUUCCCCAAAACAUUGCAUCACCACCUCCUCCCCUGGUUAAUUCCGGUUGUCCCCACGCACUCCUGCCACACUUGUUUUAGUUUUUCACCCAGGUCUAUAGCGGUGAACCUGCAAACAGGGCUGCAGCGGGUCCCCGCUACCAAGGGUGGGUGACAGAGGGGAGAACAGGGCCGAGCAUCCCCUUCUGAUGCUGGGGGAAGCCGCUCGGCCGGGACCCAGGAGAUGCCCUUCUCCAGCGGGGCGCUACCAGGAUGCUCCAAGCAGGAGGUGACGUCCCAGUGGGGGGGACACGAGAAGGGCUGGGACACAGAGGAGCUCUCCUGCGUGAAUGAAGCAUGUUCGGGGGGAGAGAGGGGGCUGCAGGUUGACCUUCCCAUUCCCGAACGCCCUCCCUGCCCAUCCCUAGUCCAUGGGUGCCCCCCUCCCCGCCCUCCCCUCCUCCUUCAACUCCAGCGCCGAGGAAGCCGAGCCGGAGGCAGUGCUGAGCCGGAUAUGCAGCGACUCCCCGCAUCCCUCCUUGGCAGAGCGCGGUGACGCCGCGGCAGCCACCACGGAGAGGACACAGGACCCCCCCCUGGGCCCGCCAUGCCCCUUUGAGGGGGUGGCCUGGACCCCCCGGCCCCCGCAGGGCGCCCCGCAGGGCUGCUUCGCCUGCAUCGCCAAGCCCCCGGCUCUCCGGCAAGCUUCGCCCGUCCUGUCUCCCUCUUCUGCCGUCUAUCUCAUGGAGAGCAAGAGCUGCAAAGGGGACAGCCUGCGCCCGGCGGUCCCGUGCAAGCACUCCGUGGAGAAGAAGACCAUGACCAACCCCACCACCGUCAUCGAAAUCUACCCUGACACCACCGAGGUGAACGACUACUAUCUCUGGUCCAUCUUCAACUUUGUAUACCUCAACUUCUGCUGCCUCGGCUUCAUCGCCUUGGCCUAUUCGUUGAAAGUCCGGGAUAAGAAACUCCUCAAUGACUUAAAUGGAGCAGUUGAAGAUGCCAAGACAGCCCGGCUUUUUAACAUCACCAGCUCAGCCCUUGCCACCUUCUGUAUCAUCCUGAUCUUCAUCUUCCUGCGAUACCCUCUCACUGACUACUGAGUGAGGCCAACAGCAGCCAAAAUGCCUCUACGCCAGAAGUGUCUGCAGUUUCUUGUAGCAAGGACACACAAAACAAACCAACCACUACACCUUGAUUGCCAAAAAAAAAAAAAAAAAAAAAAGUCAACUAAAUACAUAAAUAAAAGUUAAAUUAGUCUAUCAGCCCAGCUGAGCAUACCCUUCUUGCCCUGAAAUGGUAUGUUAACAGCUGAAGGAAAGGGUCACACUCUUACACAUGUACAGGAAGGAAAACAGACCAAGAAAUACUUGUUUUAUGGCCAGCAAGCUGUGUGAAAAGAGCAUGCAAAGCCCAGAGCUAUGCACACUUAGUGGCAGACAGCUGAUCUCUAGGGAGCAGUGGGGUCCUGUGGAGCUGGAGACACAUGCAGUGAUUGAUGGGGAUCAUGGCAGGGCUGGCUCACAACAUAUCAGGUGUGUUCAGACCACCCCACCACCCCCAGCUUGUGGGGGUUUCUUUUCCUUUUUUUUCUCUUGAAUUUCAUCCACUGGUUCAAACAACUCCCAACCCCUGGAGAGCUGAAGGUGUUAGGAAGUUUAUGCUGGGGAGCCCCAAAGCCUCCAGAGAAACCCCAAAGUGUUAAAGGGCAGGUUUCUCCUUGGGAUCUCCCAGCAGUGCUGAGAAGGAAAGCACCUUCUGGAGAACUCGCCUAAGCCACCUACGUGGAGUGCUACUGUAUUUCUGUAAACAGUCAAUAAAAAGAUACCUCUGAUCUGUG